AGAAUCCAGUAAACAGAACCCUGGGGCACGAGCCGAGUGACGGCGCUGACGUCACGGCCCUACACUGAGAGCUCGCGCUGAGUUGUAAGCGCGAGCUCAUACGGUGGCGCGCCUCGGCAGCGGACACAGCUAUGAGCUCCGGUCGGUGCCGCUCCGCCGCUUUUUGAGGGAAUUAACGCCGAGUUUUGGUCCGUUUCUGGGUUAUUCUUUCUGUCCCAGCCGCGUAAAGAACCCGGCGGAUUCUGGAGAGUUUUCCAGUCGCCCCGGAGCUACAACAUGUCAUCCGCGGCGGUCGCUGCCUCCAGGAGGCAGUCCUGCUAUCUGUGCGAUCUGCCCCGCAUGCCGUGGGCGAUGAUCUGGGAUUUUACGGAGCCCGUCUGCCGUGGAUGUGUGAACUACGAGGGUGCGGACCGGAUUGAAUUUGUUAUCGAAACCGCCCGGCAGCUGAAGAGAGCGCACGGCUUUCAGGAGGGUCGCUCUCCGGGCCCAGGGAAGCCCCAGCACGGCGGGAAGGACAUCAACCACUCGGCCGGAGACCCGGGCUCCCGUCCACCACAACCUCUGGACCGCUACCCGCUGUCGGACCGGCCGCCCCGGCUGGGCCCGGAGUACCAGGGCGGCCGGCAGGCCAACGGCCUUCCCGUGCCGAAUGGAUUUCCUAAACCCGAUGAGCCUCCGGAACUGAACCGCCAAAGCCCCAACCCCCGCAGGACUAGCACGGUUCCUCCCAACCUGGUUCCGCUGGUGAACGGCGGCAUUCCGGCCGGACAUCCGCUCAACGGCCGCCCGGCUCAGAUGGGGCUUCCCGGGGCUCUGGUCGGGCCGGGCCUCGGGGAGCACGGGAAGCGUCCGGAGGAGCUGAAAGAGAAACACAGGCCGGACAGCCUGUCCGACAUGUCGGACCACAAGGACUGGAUCGGUAAAGGGAAGACGGUCAGGGACCUGAUGGCGCUGCACACGUUCGACAGCCGGUUUAAGAAGGAGGCCGCCAUGCAGAGAGUCCUGUACGAGACCGGCUCCAAAGACCGGGGGAAACAUCCUCGUCCUGGGAAGAGGAAGGCGUCUCCGGAGCCAGAUGGGGAAGGCAGCGCGUCCAAGAUGAACGGAAGUGAGGGUCAGCCGUGGCUCCCAUCCCCCUCUGAGGUCCUGAAGAUGCCCCCGGCCGCCCUCCCGGCCUUUUCAGCAGCGCCCCCCUCCACCAUCUCCCCUCACUCCCGUACCACCCCUCCUGAAGCCGCCACGGCCCAGAACGGCCUCCCCAUGGCAGCUCUGAUCCUGGCCACCGACAAUGCCGGCAUCGCGGGUUCCCCUAAGGACGGCAGCCAGGUCCACUCCACCACGACGGGCGCAAGGAGGAGCAGCGGCAGCCCGCUGUCGCCGUCCCAGAGGAGGCUGGGCCAGAGGGAGGGUCCUGGAGGCCCCAACCCUUCUGGUCCCGGAGGUCUGGACCCCCAUGUCCCGCCUCAGAGCAUCCCGGACUCGUCGGUUCCUGGCAGCGUUCCGCUCUGCUGCACUCUGUGCCACGAGCGGCUGGAGGACACUCACUUCGUCCAGUGUCCGUCGGUUCCAUCCCAUAAGUUCUGCUUCCCCUGCUCCCGGGAGAGCAUCAAGCAGCAGGGCGCCACCGGGGAGGUGUACUGCCCCAGCGGGGAGCGCUGCCCCCUGGUGGGCUCCAACGUGCCCUGGGCCUUCAUGCAGGGGGAGAUAGCCACCAUCCUGGCCGGGGACAUAAAGGUCAAAAAGGAGAGGGACCCUUAGACGGACACAGGGCUUUUUCUGGGACUUUUUUCUCUUACGGCAACAGCAGCAGGACAUUAGACCCAGGACAUCCAUCACCUUGGAGCCCAGAACUCUGACUGACAGACGGACGUGUACAUAUCGGACACAUGAACAUGGCUGUAUCAUUUUUGAUUUUUCUUUUUCAGUACGUUGUGUUUCUAUAUUUUUGACGAUAAAGGUAUGUACUCGUCCUGAGACUGUUUUUUAAUCUGUGGACGUCCUUUAGGUCUGUGGACGUCCAUUAGGUCUGUGGAUGUCCUUUAGGUCUGGGGGCGUCCUUUAGGUCUGGAGGCGUCCUUUAGGUCUGGAGACGUCCUUUAGGUCUGGAGACGUCCUUUAGGUUUGGGGGCGUCCUUUAGGUCUGGAGACGUCCUUUAGGUCUGUGGGCGUCCUUUAGGUCUGGGGGCGUCCUUUAGGUCUGGAGACGUCCUUUAGGUCUGGAGGCGUCCUUUAGGUCUGGAGGCGUCCUUUAGGUCUGGAGACGUCCUUUAGGUCUGGAGGCGUCCUUUAGGUCUGGAGGCGUCCUUUAGGUCUGGAGACGUCCUUUAGGUCUGGAGACGUCCUUUAGGUCUGGGGGCGUCCUUUAGGUCUGGAGACGUCCUUUAGGUCUGUGGGCGUCCUUUAGGUCUGGAGACGUCCUUUAGGUCUGGGGGCGUCCUUUAGGUCUGGAGGCGUCCUUUAGGUCUGGAGACGUCCUUUAGGUCUGGAGACGUCCUUUAGGUCUGGAGACGUCCUUUAGGUCUGGGGACGUCCUGUCAGACGUAGAAUGUGAUUAAUCCAAGCACUUGGCAAAAACUAAUAAAAAAGUAAAGAAAUGCUUCCAGCUGUACAUGUAUGCACUUGUUUAAGAAAAAAACUUGCCAAAUACAGUUUCAGACCUUUAAUAACA